GUUGACUGCUUGGCGUUUGGUGUGUCAUGGUUUGUUGUUGUGCUUUGUUUGGUGUGUGUGUUGCUUUGAUGUUUUGUGAUGUGUGUGAGACUUGUUGUCUGACAAGUGGCAGCCCACGUCACUGACCGCGAAGAAGCUAAGCAAUCGACAAGCAAGCAAGCCAGCAGCCCGGCUUGCUGGUCCUCGCUCGCUUGAUUCCCUGUGUUGCACCCCCGCCCUCUUCUUCAAGAUGUCGGGGAUCGCAUUCACAGAGCAACAGCCGAGAAUGAUGCAGCAGCAGCAGCAGCGGCGGCCGCAAGCUCCACAGCAGCAGCAGCAACAACAACACCCACCAGCUCAACAAGCACCACUAGCUCCACGAUGGGCGCCACAUUUCAACGCACGUCCGGCGUUUGGUGCUCCUUGGAUGUCUCACCCACGGCAGUACAAUCAGCAGCAGCCACCAGUGACUCGACACGUCACCCAACAAGCACCCUAUCAUCAAGCACAGCCUCCACAGCAGUUUCUACAGUUGGCUGCACAGGGUGUCCCGCAGGUACAGCAUUUGCUGCAUCAUAUGCGCCUGGGCCGUCACAUGCAGCAGCAGCAGCAGUAUGCGCAUCAAAUGUACCACCAGCAGCAGCAGCAUCAGCAUCAGCCCCAGUCACAGUCACAGCCGCCACAGACGCUUGAACAGGCCAUGCCGCACGAGCCAGGCCCGGGGCCCUCGCAGCAGGCGGUGUCCCCAGCAAGCUCUCGUGACCAACACACGGACCCUCGCGGGUGGUACGCGCACUCCCCUCCGCAAGUGGGCAAGCCAGUGCCGCCUCUCAUGGACCCACCAUCAACGCAAGCAAUGCCAUCAAUGGCAUCAAUGUCAUCCAUGCCAGCAAUGGGCGUGCUGCCCAAGCUGGACGACACAUUGGCCAAGACGGUGCAGCAGGCGAGCCUGCCCAUGCUGCUGGCUACGCAGCCACCGUCGCUGUUUGAGUGCACGCCGUCGCUGACGUUUGGGCAGCGCACGGUGCAGGAUCCCGAGGCCAUGACGGAGGACGAGCUUGAGAGGGGUGACCUCACCUUGGAGGAGCCCCGCACCGUCACCAUCACCAACACCACGCCGCAGCCACUCACGGUGCUCAGCAUUGCUGCGUAUGCGCGGGAUUUGCCUGUGGAGUGGGAUGCGACGGUGCUGCCAUGUGACCUCGACCCAAACGAGUCUCUGCAAGUCACUUUUCGCCUGCAGUACCCGUACAAGGAGCCUGACGAGGCGCCCCUGGACACGACGGCUGCGCUGCCACCGCUCUUUGAGGGCACACCGCCGCCCUGGGUGCUUGACCGCAUGCAGCUUGGCAUCAAGGCCGGCUUCAUCGCCGUGCACGCCGUCACGUGCACGGAUGUGCUGCUCGGCACGUCGCCGGCGUUGCUGCACACGCGCGCCAUCCCCUUCAGCGUGUGCUUCUUCGAGGAUGUGCCCGUGAGCCUCGACCUGUUUGCCAUGGAGCAUGUCCCCACGCACCUGCAGGCCCUCACCACCGUGCACAUACCCCAGCGCAUACAGCUGCAGCGGUCAGCGAUCCGCAACAUCCCUGACAGCCGCACCUUCGACCCGUACCGUUUCCUGGACCACCACAUCACGGAGGAUGCUGUGAACGAUGCCCUGGCACGGCUGACCUUCCUCGUCACGCAGCAGUCGAGCCAUCACCCAACAGGGGCCGAGCUGGCAGCGCUGUGCACACGCCUGCGCGCGACGCUGGUUCUGGAAGAGGAGAAGCACCAGUCGCAGAUGCAGCAGCAGGCGCGCUUCAACCCCCAGUUUGAGAUUGUCGGGGAGGAGGACGAUGGUACCGGUGGCGGUGGUGCUGAUGCUGACAAGUUGGAUGACCUUGAUGGCGAUCCUGGGCGCCCGCUGCACGUGGACGUGUGUGUGCCCGGCCUGCGUGACAGCCGCCCCCGCCUCCUGGUCGGCGACGUCAUCCGUCUGCGGUUUGCGCCGCACGUGCCGGAGUUCACGGCCGUUGUCAUUGGCCGCGUGCGCCGGCGCAUGAGCGAGGACGAGCCGCCACAGGUGUGGGGCGUCCGCUUUGUUGUCUCGCAGCAGGCGCGCGCGUUCCUGCGCAUGCCCGAGGCUGCGAUGGUGUUUAGCCACCACGCGUACCCGUUUUCCCUCAUGAACGCAGCCCUGCAGGACUAUGAGUCCAUUCCGCCCAACCUCCUCCUCCCUCAGCCCGAGGCCACGGCUGUGCUGAGGGAGCAGGAUCUGUGCUCGCCCAUGGAGCUGCUUGACGAGCGCGUGAAUCAAGAGCAGCAACUUGCUGUGCGGGCGGUGCUGACUCGCUCUCGCCGCCUGGUCUCCGGCAGCGUCAAAGACCUCCCGCCCCUCGUCAUCCACGGUCCCCCGGGCACAGGCAAGACGCUGACGCUUGUGGAGUGCAUCCGACAGCUGCUGCUUGAUUACGAUAUGCGCAGUCACAAGAGGCGAAAGCACCGCAAGCCCCGCAUCCUCGCUGUUGCGCCGUCCAACACGGCCGCAGACAUCAUUGUGGACCGAUUGUCCAACACGGAGGCGGCGUACCCGUCCACCAACAUCCUGCGUGUCAACUGGUACCAGCGCGACCAGGCGUCCAUGGACCCGCGCCUGAGCGCCACGUUUGCGGUGCCGAGCGCGUGCAGUGCCGGCUACGAGCUGCCGUCUGCGGAGCGGCUGAAGCAGGCGCGCGUGGUGGUGUGCACGUGCGACAUUGUUGGCCACCUCUCGCACAUCACCGGCGAUGCCCAUCCGAUGCAGGGCUUCUUCACCGACAUUCUGUUUGACGAGGCGGCGCAGGCCAUGGAGCCCGAGGCGUGGAUUGUGCUGCGCCUCGCAAGCGCGGCCACCAACGUCGUGGUUGCGGGCGACCACUGCCAGCUCGGACCGCUUGUCCGCUCACCUGAGGCGGACAGAGGAGGACUCGGCAAGUCGUGGCAGGAGCGCCUGCUGGAGCUGCCGGCAUAUGCGGACUGCACCAACCCGCUCUUCAAGACCACCCUCCUGCGCAACUUUAGGUCUCACGAGUCGCUGCUGUCUGUUCCGUCGGAGCUGUUCUACCAGCGCGACCUCAUGCACUGUGCACGCCCCGCCACCACGCACGCCGCCAUCAACUGGGAGCAGCUUCAACGCCGGGACAACCCGCUGCUCUUCUGGGGCGUGGACGGCGCCAUGCAGACGGACUACCAGUCUGGCUCCCUCACCAACCCGGCAGAGGCCGAGCACAUUGCCAAGCUCGUCCGCAGCCUCGUGCAAGACCCCAACGUGUCCAUCGCUCCUGAUGAAGUUGGCGUGAUUGCGCCCUUUCGCCACCAGGUUGCCCUCAUCCGUACGCGCCUGCGCCGCAUCGGCCUCCGCACCGUGGAUGUGGGCUGCAUCGAAGACUUCCAGGGUAAGGAGCGGGCUGCCAUCUUCAUUUCGACAGUCAUCACGCCUGUCAACAUUGACCAAGGCUCCGAUCUCGACAAGGCGCCUGUGUUGAACGCGGUGAAGCCCUUCAACGUGGCCAUUACGCGUGCACAGGCGCUGCUCGUGGUUGUGGGCCAUGCAGCGCGGCUGUAUGAGAUUGGCCACUGGCGCUACCUUCUCAACCACAUCAAGUGCAAAGGCACCCUCAAAGGCACCCUGUGCGAAGAGCUUGAGCCUGAGGUGAGCCUUGGCGCGGGCCGGCGCAUCAACCGCGACCCCAUCCUCAACCACGACAUUGACGACGACGACGAUGACGACGUUGUUGGGAUGUGAUGUGUGAGACACAUGACAUGACAGCGCGGCUGUGUUCGUCUGCAACACCACAAACCGCAGCAAGCUGUGACUUUUCGUUGAUAAUUUCAAUAAAUUUCGAUAUGCACA